AUGGAUCUACCACUUCAUGAAGCAUGUAUGACGAAUAACCUGCGUAAGGCUCAAGAAGCAGUUAGUGUAUCCCCUCAAGAGCCUUACAAAAGGGAUGCUGACGGCAGAGUACCACUACACUGGGCAGUUUCAUUUCAAUAUGGAGAAAUAGUAUCAUUUCUACUAUCUAUGAUGCAAGAUAUGGAUAUAAAUGAACUGAAAGAUGAAUCAGGAUGGACGCCGUUCCACAUAGCAUGUGCAGUGGGUAAUCUUGAUAUCGUCAAGCAACUAUAUGCAUUGCACACAAAGCCAGACUUAAAUAUGCCUACGAAUCAAGGGAUUACUGCGUUGCAUCUAGCUGUUAGUAAGAAGCACGCAAGGAUUUGUGAAUUUUUGCUCAAUAACGGUGCAUCCGUCAGGGUUAAGGAUAAAAGAUCACAACUACCGCUGCACCGUGCAGCUGCCAUUGGAUCCAUGGGGAUGGUUGACAUGCUAUGUCGAGCGGGUAGUCCACUCAAUAGGAAUGAUGGCGAAGGUUGGACUCCAUUAUUCCAUGCCUUGGCAGAAGGUAAUGGUGAUGUUGCCGUUUUGUUGGUUAAACAUGGCGCUGAUCCUGAUUUGGAGACGACUGAUGGAUCCAAGGCGGUGGAUUUCGCAGUCAACGACCAGGUAAAACAAUAUUUUCUACGUAAUAUCUCAUAG